CCUUCUUCUUUUUCCACACUCUUGCAGAUUUGACCCUUUCUUUGCAGUUGUUUUUUAAUUUAAUUUGUUGCUUUUAUGAAUUUCUUACUCCCAACUGCUGUUUCUUUUCAUAUCCUCCUCCCGUUGUCCGUACACAAUUAUCACCCUGGUUUUAAUCCGUGGUUGAUUUCCUAAAGGACCUCUGAUUUAGACACACAACCACAUCAACAAUGCUUUGAAUCUCUGCUUCAUCAACAAAUAAGUUUUAAGACACUAUCAAAGCUUUCGCCAUAUGUACCUCCUUUUGUUUUACAGCUCUUACCGUGUUCAUAUAUAAACAUCUACUUUUGUAAAAGCUUAUGAAUAGUUUUAUACAUAUGUUUUCCUUUCACUUCAACUACUUUCACAUAUUUUAAGUUUUUAGCUGAAUUAUGUCUAUCCUUGAUUAGUUUUUUUUCUUUUUUUUACAAUCCAUUUCAAGAAUUCGCAUACAAUAGUAGAUGUUACCCGCAGCUAAGUGCGGGCAACAAAACUAGUGGCUUAACUGAAGGGGAAAGACUCAUUCAACACAAGUUGCCUGAUCCGUAAGGAGUUUAGUGUUCACAACUUCCCAUUAACACAGAAAUUGUUUUGAUGUGACUUUAUUAGAGGAGAGAUCAUGACUAGCCAAGCCCAUCAUGCAAGCAACCAGAGAAAGUAGGGUUGUGUGUGUGUGUGUGUGUGUGUGUGUGUUAUUACAAGAUGGUUUGUUUUCAUGUCAAACAGUCAAUUCAUUACCACUACCCGACUCAUCAGUUUCCACAGAUUACAACCAAAGACUUUUCUCCUUUCACUUUUUUCACUCUAGACUCUUGUGUGUGCUUCGAGUUGUUGGAAAGCAAGAAGACUUGUACAUAAAAGAAAGUCUUCUUUGAAGGGGAAAAAAAAUGAUGUUUCCUACCUCUUUCUCUUGUUAAAAUCAAAUCAACUCAACCCCAUCUCCACGUUUUCAGUGUAAUAAUAACUGUGUUCUUUCUCUUCAUUUUUUUCCUUAUUCUUCUUGCUUGGUGACUACUUAAAUGCUCCACACUUCCAUUUCAUCAUCAUCAUCUUCAUCUGGGUAUGUCUCAAAUCUUGUUUUCUUUCAGUGAAUCUCUGAGAUAAGUGAAUUGGGAUUUUAGUUGGAUUGUUUAAGAUUCGAGGCUGUUUGUUUGUUGACUUCUCUUUUGCUUUUUCCAAGUUACAUAUUGUUCUGGUGGAUCACUAGUAAAAUUGGAUUGUGUUUUUUGGUGGAGUAGUUAGACCUUCUUUCUUGGAUAUAUAGAGAUGGGUUUGAGUGUUUUAUUUAGCAGUACAAUUUAGCAAGAACCUUUCACUUUGUAGAUUCCGUUUUGGGCCAGGGACAGAAAGUUUGAGGAUUUUUUUCCCCUUGCUAAUGGCAUUGAGCGAGAAAAAUCCUAUGGUUGUUGCCCAUAUUUUGAUUGGGAUGGUUUUGGUUUUGCUGAGUAGUAGAAUAUCUGUGAGUAAUGCUACUGAGACUGAUAUAGCGUGCUUGAAAUCCAUCAAAGCUUCUCUGGUGGACCCUUAUAACUACUUGAACAAUACAUGGAAUUUCAACAACAAUACUGAAGGCUUCAUAUGUAGAUUUAUGGGCAUUGAUUGCUGGCACCCUGACGAGAACAGAGUUCUAAAUAUCCGCCUUUCAGACUUGGGUCUUGAGGGCCAGUUCCCCCCUGGAAUCCAGAAUUGCACAAGCUUGACUGGCUUGAAUCUUUCGCACAACCAGCUAUCUGGCUCAAUCCCUGCUAAUAUAGCAAAGUUUAUCCCCUAUAUUACAAAACUUGAUCUUUCAUUCAACAAUUUUUCGGGUGAAAUUCCAAAAAAUCUUUCAAAUUGUAGUUUCUUGAAUGAUCUCCAUCUUGACAACAACCGGCUAACAGGCAAGAUUCCGCUGGAAUUUGGCCUUCUUGAUCGGAUCAAGGUAUUUACAGUUACCAACAAUCUUCUAUCUGGGCCGAUCCCCUCAUUUAUCCAUAAUAACAUCCCAGCUGAUAGCUUUGCAAAUAAUCUGGACCUCUGUGGGAAGCCAUUGAAUUCCUCCUGUCCAGGUGUCGCGAGGAAAUCCCAUGUUGGAGUAAUUGUUGCAUCAGCCGCAGGUGGGAUAACAUUUACAUCAAUUAUUGUUGGUGUCUUUCUGUUCUUGUCUCGCAGAGCGGCUAAGAAGAAGGCGGAAGAUCCUGAAGGUAACAGAUGGGCAAAGAGCAUCAAGGGAACCAAAGGCAUCAAGGUUUCCAUGUUUGAGAAAUCGGUUUCAAAAAUGAGAUUGAGUGAUCUCAUGAAGGCAACCAACGACUUCAGUAAUAACAACAUCAUUGGAGCAGGAAGAACAGGACCGAUGUACAAGGCAGUGAUUUCUGAUGGUUGUUUCCUUAUGGUUAAGAGACUGCAAGGCUCUCAGCGUUUAGAGAAAGAGUUUGUAUCAGAGAUGAAGACACUUGGGAAUGUGAAACACCGAAAUUUGGUCCCGCUGCUGGGCUUUUGUGUGGCAAAGAGGGAGAGAUUUUUGGUGUAUAAAUUCAUGGAAAAUGGGACCCUUUAUGAUAAACUGCACCCAGUGGAACCUGAGAUCAGGAACAUGGAUUGGUCCCUGAGGCUCAAUAUUGCAAUUGGAGCGGCUAGAGGUUUGGCAUGGCUUCAUCAUGACUGCAAUCCACGAAUUAUCCACAGGAACAUAAGCUCCAAAUGCAUACUCUUGGAUAACGAUUUUGAGCCAAAGUUAUCUGAUUUUGGCCUUGCCAGACUCAUGAACCGAAUCGACACACAUUUGAGAGCUUUUGUCAAUGGGGAGUUUGGGGGGUUGGAUUAUGUUGCUCCUGAAUAUCUAAGGACCCUUGUUGCAACGCCCAAGGGGGAUGUUUAUAGCUUUGGUGUGGUUCUCCUGGAGUUGAUCACUGGUGAAAAGCCCACUCAUGUUGCUAAUGCCCCUGAAAGCUUCAAGGGAAGCUUAGUGGAGUGGAUCAGACAACUGACAGACGGUCCGCUUCUUCAUACUUCCAUUGACAAGCCUUUGCUUGGAAAUGGAUUCGAUCACGAACUCAACCAGUUUCUUAAAGUUGCUUGUAACUGUGUGGUUGAGAAUGCCAAGGAGAGACCAACAAUGUUUGAGGUGCAUCAGCUCCUCAAAGCUAUUGGGGAGAGAUACCAUUUCACAACUGAAGAUGAUAUUAUGUUGCCAACUGAUACAGGUGACACUGAUUUCCCGGAUGAACUUAUUGUUGCCGAUGGAACAAAGGAAGUUUAAUGAAGAACAGAGGUAUUAAGAUUGAUAGAAAAGAGUCUGAGGCCAUCAAUCGGCACUCGCGAAAAUAUAUUCUACGUUGUAGCUGUGAUCAUAUAGGUAUAGUGUAAGUGUUUGUAACUAUAUUUGUAGCAUUUCAAGCACCUGCUUUGGUUGAAACACCAAUUUUAUAUAUACCGCUGUCCUAUUAUCAUAAAAUCUUGCUCAUUUAUCCUCGUA